AUGCUGCCCAAAGUGUUGACCAAAGUGCUGACCAAUGCCAUGACCAACGUGCUGACCAAUGUGCUGACCAAAGUGCUGACCAAUGCCAUGACCAACGUGCUGACCAAUGUGCUGACCAAAGUGCUGACCAAAGUGCUGACCAACGUGUUGACCAACGUGCUGACCAAUGCCAUGACCAACGUGCUGACCAACGUGCUGACCAAUGCCAUGACCAAAAUGCUGCCCAAAGUGCUGCCCAAUGUGGUGACCAAUGCCAUGACCAAAGUGGUGACCAAUGUGCUGACCAACCACCUGACCAAUGCCACGACCAAAGUGGUGACCAAUGCCAUGACCAGAGUGGUGACCAAUGUGCUGACCAAGGUGGUGACCAAGUUGAUGGGCACGGCAGCGAUGACAUGGGCACGGCAGCGAUGA